CUACCCUCUCUCUAUAUAUAUACAUACAUAUAUGUGUGUAUCUAAGUUUGACAAGGAGAAACAGAAAACACAGAAAAAAAGGGGAAAUGGCGGUUAAAUUGUCGUGUUUAAUCUUGUUCUUCAUGUUGAUAGAAUCAAAUGUGUUUGCAUAUCAAUACCAAGUUGGAAAUCUUCAAGCUUGGAACAUACCCACCUCAGCAGAUCCAAAAGUUUACACAAACUGGCCGAAAAAACUCACUUUCAGGAUCGGCGAUUCGCUGUUGUUUUUGUACCCACCAAGCCAAGAUUCACUAAUUCAAGUGACAAAAGAAUCCUACAACACUUGCAAUCUAAAGAAUCCAAUCUUGUACAUGAAUGAUGGAAAUUCUUUAUUCAACAUUACUUCUCCUGGUGUUUUUUACUUCACUAGUGGUGCUUCGGGUCAUUGCGAAAAAUCGCAAAAGCUUCAGAUUUCUGUGUACGCUAGUGAUGGGUCAUUGCCUGAACCACCCGCCUACGGUCCCAGUGGUGCAUUGGCUGAUUCGGCGCCUUCUUACCCGACUGUUUUUGGUGGGAUACCAACUGGACCAUCGCCAUCAUCUUCGUCCUCGUUGAAUAUUAAAACAUCAUUUUUAAUUGCUGCAGUCAUUGGAGUUUUGGUUUGUGGUUUAGCUAGUGGCAAGAUAUAGGAUGAAGUGAUUUAUUUUGUGUAAUUGAGUACAAGAUUACAUUUUUUCUUUUCCCCAUUUGUUCAAAGGUAUGCAGUGAUAUUAUUUGUACCAUAUUUAAAAAAGGAUAUUGUGAUUUGGAAUUUUUACCU